AUGAAGGACACCAUAGUUUUGUACCCAUCACCAGGCAGAGGCCACUUGUUCUCUAUGGUGGAACUAGGAAAGCUAAUACUCAAACACCAUCCUUCAAUCUCAGUUACAGUCAUGUUCUCCACCCUCCCAACUGAAACAAUCUCCCUUGAUGACCCCUACUUUGCCACAGUCUCUAACACCAAACCCUCCAUUACUUUUAUUCACCUCCCUCAAGUUUCUCUCCCUCCCAUGACCUCCUUUUCUCCUCUAGAUUUCGUAGCCUCUUUCUUUGAGCUCCCUGAACUCAACAACACUAACCUCCACCAAACCCUCUUGGAUCUUUCGAAAUCCUCCAAUAUUAAAGCCUUGGUUAUAGAUUUCUUUUGCAGUGCUGCUUAUGAGUUUGUCUCCUCUAGACUCAGCAAUAUCCCCAUUUACUUUUUCUUCACUUCUGGUGCCAGUAGCCUCUCCUUGUUUCUUUACAUGCCUACCCUUGAUAAGAACAUCACAAAGAGCUUGAAAGAUCUUGACAUCCUUAUUGAUUGUCAUGGUAUACCAAAAAUACCAUCAAAAGAGAUGCCACUAGCUAUGUCUGAUCGAUCUCAUAAGGUUUACCAAUACUUCGUUGACACUGCCAAGAAGAUGAUCAAAUCUGCAGGUCUCAUAAUAAAUUCAUUCGAGUUACUUGAGCCCAAGGCACUUCAGGCAAUACAAGAAGGAAAGUGCACCCCAAACGACUCAGUACCAUCAAUAUUCUGCGUCGGUCCGCUUUUAAACUCGAGUGAAACCAAAACAGAACACGAUUGUCUAACUUGGCUUGACUCACAACCAAGCCGCAGUGUUUUAUUUCUUUGUUUUGGUAGCUUGGGAGUCUUUAAUUCACGUCAGUUGAAGGAAAUGGCUAUUGGGUUGGAGAAAAGUGGUGUUAGGUUCUUGUGGGUGGUGCGUACUCCCCUAUCUGAUAGUCAAACCAUAGCUAUUAAGUCAAGUACUUCAAGUAAACCAUGUUUGGAAUCGCUAUUACCAGAAGGGUUCUUGGACAGAACCAAAGACAGGGGAUUUAUAGUGAAUUCGUGGGCACCUCAAGUUGCAAUACUCAACCAUGGCUCGGUUGGAGGGUUUGUGACUCAUUGUGGAUGGAAUUCGAUACUUGAAGCUCUGUGUGCUGGGGUACCAAUGAUUGCUUGGCCUCUAUAUGCAGAGCAAAAGAUGAAUAGGAUUUUCUUGGUUGAGGAAAUGAAGGUGGCUCUAGCACUGAGAGAAGCUAAAGAUGAUCAGUUUGUCAAUGCAGUGGAGCUGGAGGAGCGCGUGAUUGAGUUGAUGAACUCGAAGAAAGGAGAAGCUGUUCGAGAAAGAGCUAUGCAAUUUAGCGAGGGUGCGAUGGUGGCAAAGAGUGACAGAGGAUCUUCUAGUGUUGCCAUGGCUAAGUUGGUGGAUUCUUUUCAACUAGGUUAA